AUGCUUAUCCUUCGACACUGUCGCUUGAGCUCCGAGGACCUCAUCACUUGCGAGCGGGCCUUGUUAAGGUUCGUCUCCGGUCGGGCUAAACCCGUCGACUUGGACUUCAAUGUCUGGGAUUACACCGUGCCCGAGAUUUACGGCUACACCCUCGGCAUGUUCAUUAAGCUGGAGCUGGUGGACUGUCUCGGGAUCAGUUCGGAUGAGCUGCUGGACUUCAUUGUCGACGUCGAUCGUGGUUACCAGGCCACGUUCUAUCACUCGUUUUACCACGCAGCCGAUGUCACUGCGGUCCUGUACCACAUGCUACAAGGCAUGCGUGCCUCCCAGUACCUGGCCAAGCCGGAUAUGGCUGCCUUGCUGCUCGCUGGUCUUUGCCAUGAUAUUGGUCACCCCGGACUCAACAACCUAUUCCAAAUCAAUGCAAACACAGAGCUCGUCCAGCAAUACGGAGAGGCGUCAGUCCUGGAAAAAUACUCUUGCUCGCUCGCCAUGGAUCUCGUCACCAAACACGCCCUCUUUCGCAAUAUUUCUCGCUCUGCCUCAUCUGUCCUGCCUGAAGGACAAUCCGCAACAGAGGCCAGCAUGAGGGACUCUAUGAUCAAGGCCAUUCUCGCCACGGAUAUGACCUUUCACUACGAUAUGCUCAAUAAUCUGAACAACCUGGUCGAGGCAACCACCAGCCCUGAAUCCUCCAGCACCUCAGACGCGGAAUCAGAGUCCGACCCUGAGUUUGAUGGGCAUGACCUGGACACUCUCAGCAACUCUACGGAUUCGACCCCUCCAACAUUGACACUGACCAACUCGGCAAAUGCACCAGAGAGCCCUAAAAUGGACCAGCCAAAGCAAAAGACAGUUUCCAUAGCACUGCCGACUUCAACCGACGUAAAUCCUCACAACCAUCGUCGGCGAUCUUUGUGUGAUUCUAACGGCUCACAGGACUCGGAUGACUCGGAUGACUCGAAUGGCUCGGAUUCGCCAUCAUCCUCACACUCACGCAGUUCAGAUGGCCACCUGUUUACGCCCGCAGACCUUUCAGUAGAGCAGCGACAAAGUCUGUGCAACUGCUUGCUUCACGCCGCCGAUAUCUCGAAUGCAGUCAAGCCUUGGACGGUGUGCAAGCGCUGGUCAGAUCUGGUGGUACAGGAAUUCUUCCGGCAGGGCGAUAUUGAAAAGGCACAGGAUCUGCCCGUGUCCCCCAACAUGGAUCGGGACCAACACAACCAACCACAGAUCUCAUUAGGCUUUGGCGACUUUGUGGUGCAACCAUAUUUUGAGGCGCUCGUCGAUCUCCUACCUGCGGCAUCGCCUGUCCUAAAAUCACUGGCGAGCAACCGUGUUCAAUGGUUGGCGCUUCAAAAGUCGAGUCAGCAUUUUGGAAACGACCCUUACUUGACGGUGGAUCCGCUCGAGGAGCCGAGUCUGACAAGGCGCUCCAGCUCUCCAAUGCUGUCGGAUAUGCCCGCUGGUCGUCGCGUUUCAGGUGCGUUUCGAACUCUAUCAACAUUAGACAUGUGUAUUUAUUUUAAGGAGCUGCUCUCAGAAAGUUGA